CGCAGAAGAAGGGGUUAUUCAUACCUUAUCCAUUCUCCAUCUCUCUUUUGUCCCAUCUCUUCUUCACAAGCGAUGUGCAUCGUGCCUGCUCAUCACUCGUUCAUCUUCUUUUCUCCUCUGCCCUUGUUCUAGACUUGCUUGCUUGCUUCCCUUCCCUUCCCCGUCAUCUUCUCCUGCUUUUCCCAGGGUCUCCUCAUCGACCUAUCUGAGGCUGACAGCCACAGCCUGAACUUUGAAGUCACUGUAGAACUUCCACGACCAUCCUUGCACGACGCCCAAGAACGCGUCCAGCAAGAACCUCACAGCACCCACACCGGGCAUCCUGCCACGCGUCUGCCGUCAUGGCGACGACCACCAAUGCCUCUUCAACGGGCAUCGACACCCAAGCUGACCUCAGGAAGCGGAAUGUCGCUGCUCCCAAUGGCACUUACGUGCCCAAAGAGGUGGCCGCCAAGCUGGACGAAAAGAGCAAGCAAAAGACCAACUCUCUAAUCCAGACGCUUGAUGACUACGAAUUCCUCAUCGCGCCCAUCAUCUUCACCGCCCUGUCCUUCUUCACCCGCAUGUGGAAGAUUGGCCUCUCGAACAUUGUCACCUGGGACGAAGCGCAUUUCGGCAAGUUUGGCUCACACUACCUCAAACGCGAGUUCUACUUCGAUGUGCACCCUCCGCUCGGAAAGAUGCUGGUCGGGCUGUCUGGAUAUCUCGCGGGCUACAACGGGUCUUUUGAAUUCAAGAGCGGCGAGACGUACCCGGAGGAGUUGGACUAUACCUUCAUGCGCGUGUUCAAUGCGGCAUUCGGCGCACUCUGCAUUCCUCUGGCAUACUUGACGGCGAAAGAGCUGCACUUUAAACGGCCCACCGUCUGGCUGGUGACAAUGAUGGUGCUGUUCGAGAACAGCUACACGACCAUCAGCAGAUUCAUCCUGCUGGACAGCAUGCUUCUGUUUUUCACCUUCACUACCAUUUUCACCUGGGCCAAGUUUCACAACCAGCGUCAUGACCCAUUCUCGGUGGGUUGGGCUUUCUGGAUGACCAUGACUGGUCUAUCCAUCGGCUGCGUAUGCAGUGUGAAAUGGGUCGGCAUGUUUGGCACUGCUUUGGUUGGCCUCUACACCAUUGAAGAUCUCUGGAACAAGUUUGGCGACCUCAAGAUGCCAAAGGUCGAGCUCGCAGCACAUGUCGGCUUCCGCAUCUUCGGUCUCAUCGUCAUUCCAAUGAUUGUCUACAUGUUUUCGUUUUACCUGCACUUCCUGGUCCUCGAGAACAGUGGCCCAGGUGAUGCACAGAUGUCGUCUCUUUUCCAGGCAAACCUCAAGGGAACUGAAGUGGGAAAGGACUGCCCACUUGAAGUUGCAAUUGGUUCGCGAGUUACUCUCAAGAACAUGGGCUACGGUGGCGGUCUCCUACAUUCUCACGUCCAGACGUACCCUGAAGGAUCUAACCAGCAACAAAUCACCUGCUACCAUCACAAGGAUGCCAACAAUGACUGGUUCUUUUACCCUAAUCGUAAUGAGCCAGAUUUCGACCCAGAAGCCGAGCUCAAAUUUGUGGGUGACAAGGCUGAAAUUCGUCUUAUACAUGCUCAAACUGGCCGUAACCUCCACUCUCACCAAGUCGCUGCCCCAGUCACUAAGGCGGACUACGAAGUCUCUUGCUACGGCAACGUGACUGUUGGCGACACCAAGGAUCACUGGAUCGUCGAGGUCGUGAACGAUGCCGCCUCAUACGACUACUCCAAGAUUCGUACCUUGACCACCGCGUUCCGCCUGAAGCACAGAGACCUAGGCUGCUAUCUUCGCGCGGGCAACGUCAACCUGCCACAGUGGGGCUUUAAGCAAAUCGAGACCACUUGUGUCAAAGAGAACAAGCCCCGCGACCCGUAUACGCAUUGGAACGUGGAGUCGCACGUCAACGAGAGGCUCCCCGCCAGCCAACCCGGUUCCUACAAGUCUCCUUUCUUCCGUGACUUUGUACACCUGAACGUCGCUAUGAUGACGUCGAACAACGCACUUGUGCCUGAUCCAGACAAGCAGGACGACCUUGCAUCUGCGCCAUGGCAGUGGCCUCUUCUCAACGUCGGUCUACGCAUGUGUGGGUGGGACGAUCACAUCGUCAAGUACUACUUGCUUGGCAACCCAUUCGUCUACUGGGCUUCCACAGCCUCUCUCUUCUUUUUUAUUGGUCUUUUUGGAUGGUACGCCAUUCGCUGGCAGCGUGGCUACGACGAACUUACGUGGGCCGAUCUCGACCACUUCCAGUACGCGGGCAUAUAUCCCGUCAUCGGCUGGUUCCUGCACUACUUGCCAUUCAUUGCCAUGGCUCGUGUCACAUAUGUGCACCACUACUACCCGGCACUCUACUUUGCCAUUCUAUGCUUUGGGUUCUGCAUAGACUGGACCACGAGGUCGUUACACAAGGGCGUGCAAUGGGGCAUCUUUGCUGGUCUGUACGCCGUUGUGUUCGGAAUGUUCUGGCUAUUCCGAGCAUUCUGCUUCGGCAUGGAGGGUUCCAACCAGCAAUGGAAGCACCUCAAGUGGCUUCCAAGUUGGAAAAUGGCCGAUUAGGUGUGGCGAUGGAGAUGUGUGUGAGAAGAGCACGGAAACGGUACGAUAUGCACGCUGAAGUGGAGGGCGAAUAAUAGAGCACGCGAGGACGACAGGGUAUUUCGUAGGCGUAACAGACAUUGCGUUGGAGUUGAGGGGACCGCAGCGCGACGGCAAAAACAGAGCAAAUGUACUCAGUAUCACCUCUCCCAGUUCUCUCAAAUACACUAAAUGAUAUAAUGU